CACUCAGUCUGAGUUCACUCGUCAAGAUUCAUUCAACAUUUCAGUCAGUUGUUGAUCCACAGCUAGGGUUGCUUCCAGUUAGACCAUAAAGCCAAUAUGUUUUCCUGGAUUUUGGCAAUUUCCCAGCUCAAAUUUGUCUAAAGAACAAAAAAAGAACAAACUUGGAACGACAAACAAGAAAAAAGGAAAGAAGACAUAAGGGGCAAUAAAAAAAAAGUAAAUGAUGGCUGGAAAUUCUUUAGUCCAUGUAUCAACAAAUUCUACUGUGUUUCCUAUCAUACCCAGUAGAAGAAAUGUGUUGGGGGAUCGUUUGUUGUGUGUAAGAACACCAAUGAGGCCUAAAAAUCAAACCUUUAGUGUAAAGGCAAUGUCUGCGAAUACGGGUCAUAGCCAAGAACAAGAGCAACAACCUGCAUCAUCUUCCGAGCAAAAAGGUCCGCUUUCUAUGAUUUUAGAUGUUCCAAGGAAUAUUUGGAGGCGAACAAUGCGGCCAUUGAGUGAUUUUGGGUUUGGAAGGAGGAGUAUCUGGGAAGGUGGGGUCGGGUUGUUUAUUGUUUCGGGUACAGUGUUGUUGGCACUCAGCUUGGUUUGGUUGAGAGGGUUUCAGUUGCGGUCUAGGUUCAGGAAGUAUUUGGCUGUGCUUCAGUUUGAGCAGGCUUGUGGCAUUUGCACUGGCACGCCUGUUAGAAUCAGAGGAGUGAAUAUUGGUAAUGUGAUUCGAGUCAAUCCCUCCUUGAGAAAUGUUGAAGCUGUUGUUGAGGUUGAAGAUGACAAGAUAAUAAUUCCUCGAAACUCAUUAGUUGAGGUGAACCAAUCUGGUCUUAUCAUGGAAACGAUGAUUGAUAUUACACCUCGAGAUCCAAUCCCAGUACCUUCUGUAGGGCCCCUGCAUCCGGAUUGUGCUAAAGAGGGUCUGAUAAUUUGCGACAGGCAAAAGAUAAAAGGAUAUCAAGGGGUUAGUUUAGAUGCAUUGGUUGGAAUAUUCACUCGUCUUGGCCGUGAGGCAGAAGAAAUUGGUUUGUCCAAUGCCUAUGCGCUGGCCGAGAGAGUUCUAUCUGUUGUUGAGGAGGCUCGGCCAUUGCUUACAAAGGUUUGAUGCACUUUACAUUUAACCUCCCCUUUUUUGUUUUUGUGCGAAUUUUUGGAUGCCAUUUAAUGAAAUUCCCUUACUUCAUCAAUUUUUUUAAUUUCUUUCUGCUCUUCUCUCUUUAUAUUUCACAACUUCUCUUCUAAUAAGGAAUUCAUUAAGAACAUGUGCUUAAGCUUAGGUUAAAUAACACAUCCUAUGGAAGUGUAGUGUGUGACUUGUGAGUUGCACUUUGAAUGUUAUGAACUUCCGUCCUCUUUGCCAGCAUCUGUAUAAAGAGCAUUAGUGAAAUAUUUCAGUGUGUGACGAAACUUGCAAGUUGGACAGCAUUUUAUCUGGAGAACUUUCAAUUAAGAGAGCUUGUGAAGUUGAUAAUGUGUUUCUAGAAGUGUAGAGAGUGGCACACUGAGUUCAUUAGCUCUGGCAAGCCCAAAUUAGAUUGUAUUCUGAGUAUGUGACUUGGGCAGAGGAAAAAUGUGAAUGGAUUGUCCGACUAGAUCUACUCGAUUUCUUUGCAAAUUUUUUUUGAUGAAGGAUAUGCUUUAUUUGCUAUGUUUGUAUAUGUCAGAGGUGCAUGAUAAAUUGAAGUGAGUUGAAUAUCUUGGUUUGGUUUUACGGAUAAGGGUCUGAUUUGCCCCUCUACUAUUAUAAAUAGGUCUUAUUUACCCUCCGUUUAAUUUUUCUAUCAAAAAUAUCCUUACCAUUAUAAAUUAGGUUCAAAUUUACCCCUUAAAUGUUAAAAAAAGUUACAUUUGCCCUUCGUUAUACUUUAGGAUCAUAUUUACCCCUCUACUCUUCAAAAAGGGUUACAUUUGCCCUUCGUUAUACUUUCUUGACAGACUUAUCCUUACCA